AUGUGCUACCAUGUGCCAUUCUUUCUAGCCUCUAUGGGAUUAAAGUGUUUCACAGGGCAAGGAGUGGAGAAAACAAAUGAUGUUAUUCGACGGCUCUACCACCUAAAAAGCAAUAAAUAUGAUUCUUGUAAAGAUGGGCUCCAGGCUGUCAAAAGACUGGAUGAACUACAAGAAUUUGAGCGACAUCCUAGGAAGUACUGGCAAUGUGACAGAACUUAUUGGGUAAAUGGGAUAAUGGAGGAACGACAAAAACGACCACGUCUUAGUGUGACCCCACUGGAAGGUGAUGCAGAUGAAAUAUUGAUCAAUUAA